GUCAACAUAUACAAUGUGGACGAGAUUCUCCGUUGCAGUUUUAGUAGCUGUUCUACUUAUUCAAGCUCAUGCUCAACCAGGAUUCAUCAGCAUAGAUUGCGGAGCUGAAGCAGGUGUGAACUAUAAUGAUUCAAUAUUUGGCAUAAAUUACGUUUCGGAUGCAGAGUUCAUAAAUACGGGUGUGAGUGGGACAAUAGCAUCCGAAGAGAUCAACAGAUUCAAUCAAAAACAACUGCAGAAGCUUAGAAGUUUCCCGGAAGGAAAAAGGAACUGCUACAAAAUAAGCGUCACAGGAGGCUCUAAGUACCUCAUACGCACGGUUUUUGUGUACGGAAAUUAUGAUGGCCGAAAUAUGCCACCACAGUUUGAUCUUCUGCUCGGACCUAGCCACUGGGAUACAGUGACUAUAAGCAACGCAUCUAUUAGCCAAUUCAAUGAAAUCAUACAUGUACCUUCACUGGAUUAUGUGCAAAUCUGUCUGAUUAACACAGGCCAUGGUACACCAUUUAUAACAAACAUAGAAUUCAGGACUUUGAAAAAUGAUACAUACGUCACUCAAUUCGGAUCAUUGGAACUUUACAAUUACUUGCGCUGCGAUUUGGGUUCAAACACAUCGUACAGGUACCCGGUUGAUGUUUAUGAUCGUAUCUGGAAUGAUCGUUCCUGGUAUGCCUGUAACUUCGGCCAAAAUUGGAAACCACUAAAUGCCUCCAUUCCUGAUGAUUCUUUAAAUCAGACGGAUUACAAGCCGGGAGCUACUAUCAUGAGCACCGCAGUUGAACCAGAAAAUGAUAGUGCUCCGUUGGUAAUAAGCUGGCAGCCACAAUCUGAAAGCGACCAAUUCUAUGUCUACAUGCACUUCACGGAAACUCAAGUGUUAAACACGAAUCAGACAAGACAAUUCAACGUCAUCAGCAACGGUGAAUUAAGUAUUCCAAAUUUUUCUCCGCAGUACCAUAAUGUCAGUACCAUUACCAUAUUUUCGACGUCAGCCAUCAGCGGGAAUGUAAUUAAUUUUUCACUGGAGAGGACAAAAAAUUCUACCCUGCCUCCCAUCAUCAGUGCCAUUGAAAUUUACAGAGUAAUAGACUUACAGGAACCAGAGACAUUCCAAGGAGAUGUUGAUGCGAUUACAAGUAUUAAGUCAUUUUAUGGAGUGAAAAGGGAUUGGGAAGGUGAUCCAUGCGUCCCUGUAGCCUACUGGUGGGAUGGUCUCAGCUGUAGUUAUGACGGCAACGAGCAGUUCCCAAGAAUCACGACUCUGAAUUUAUCUUCAAGUGGAUUGUCAGGAAAGAUACACCCUUCUAUCUCAAACCUCACCAUGUUGGAGAACCUGGAUUUAUCUAACAAUAACUUAAAUGGUGAAGUUCCUGAUUUUCUGUCUGAGUUACAAUACUUGAAGAUCUUAAACUUGGAGAAGAAUAACCUCUUUGGUUCAAUUCCAUUGGCACUUGUUGAAAAAUCUAAGGAAGGUUCUCUCACCCUAAUUUUGGGUCAAAAUCCAUAUGUCUGUGAACAUGGUCAAUGCAUCGAGAACAGAAAGAACAUUGUUAUGCCUUUAGUAGCAUCAAUAUGCGGGGUUUUGAUCCUUCUGGUGGCCGUGGCAGCUAUAUUGUGGAUCCUUGCGAAGAGAAAAUCGAAAGAAAAGGAUCAAAAUGAGAUCUCUCAGCUGUACACAGAACAAGAUGAUUCUUUACAGCAGUUUAAAAAACAAAAAUUUUCAUACUCUGAUGUCAGUAAAUUUACCAACAAUUUCGGAACAAUUGUUGGUAAAGGAGGCUUUGGAACAGUUUUUCUGGGCUAUAUUUAUGACACUCCAAUUGCUGUCAAAAUGCUUUCCCCUUCAUCAUGUCGUGGUUAUGAACAAUUUCAAGCAGAGGUUAAACUUCUAAUGAGAGUUCAUCAUAAAAAUCUGACUUCCCUUAUUGGUUAUUGUAAUCAAGGAAUCAAUAAGAGUCUCAUAUAUGAGUACAUGGCUAAUGGGAACUUAGAGGAACAUCUCUCUGGUAAGCACAGUAAAUCAAAAUUCUUGAGCUGGGAAGAAAGACUUCGUAUAGCAGUGGACGCAGCCUUGGGAUUGGAGUAUCUGCAAAAUGGUUGCAAGCCACCUAUAAUUCACAGGGACGUAAAAUCUUCAAACAUCUUGUUGAAUGAACAUUUCCAAGCGAAAUUAUCUGAUUUUGGUCUAUCCAAAAUUAUCCCAGCUGAUGGGAGAUCACAUGUGUCAACUGUUAUCGCUGGUACACCUGGUUAUCUGGACCCUGACUAUUGCACAUCCAAUAGAUUAACAGAGAAAAGUGAUGUUUAUAGCUUUGGAGUGGUUCUUUUGGAAAUAAUCACAGGUCAGAAAGUAAUAGCAAGGAAUGAAGAAAGGAGUCACAUUAUUGAAUGGGUUAGGUCCCUGGUUGCAUUAAGGGAUAUCAUGGCCAUUGUGGACUCAAGAUUUGAAGGAGAUUUUGACAUUAACUCAGCCUGGAAAGCCGUGGAAAUAGCAAUGGCUUGUGUUUCUCUAAGUCCCAAAGAAAGGCCAAUAAUCAGUGUGAUAGUGUUUGAACUUAAGGAGAUUUUAGCAACCGAAUUAGCUCGAAUAAAACAUAACAGUUGUGCAAAUUCCAUGUGAAUCUGAACACCAACUCAUUCCUCAUGCCAGGUAAAAUACCUUGUUGAGGUGUGUUCGAUGAUCGAAAAGAGUUAGUGAUAUGAAUGAGCCAACGCUCACAAGAACUUUUACUCUCUUCCUACCUUGUCGCAGAGAUAUUUGUAUAAAUGCUUCUUC